AACAGUUCCUCGUCUGUACUCUGACCCCUUACUUCGUGUAUAGCUACCAUAACGCAGAUCGCACUGUCUACGUACGUGCAAUUGCCUACUAGUAUUUCAUUAUUUACACUCUUUGUGAAUUACUGAAUCACCUUUUCACUAAAAACCGUUCGCGGGAUUGCGAGCAUUCGUCCAUGUAACAUUAGUUGUACAACUUUUAUUUUGUUCUUAAUUCAUGUCGAGUGUCCGACUCAUCAGGGUUUCACAAGAGCAUGUCCAGAGCGUGAAUGGUCUUUGUGGUGUUCAUUUAAUUUAAUUGAAGUCCUCACGAUAAGUUACACCAUGGGAAUGUUUCUCGUGAUUGUUGGGUAUGUGUUGGCGUUGCUUGCUACGAUGCUUGGAAUUGGACUGGUUGUUUUCGUGAUUUCUAUUCUUCGAACAGAGCACAGAUAUCGUGACUUCCCAGGACCGAAGAGAGAUAGUUUUUUGCUUGGGAACAUACUAAGCAUCAUGGGUACAAAGGAGACUUUGGGUCAGCCAUUCGGAAUGUUAAUGUACACGCUAACUCUUGAACAUGGACCUGUAUUCUGGAUGCGUAUUUUUUCCCGAGCUCACAUUAUCGCUUCUGUUCCUGAAGUUGUGAAGGAAUUGCUUCUGAAUAGCCGUCAUAUAAAGCCGCUGAGAUUCUAUCAUCACUUUCAGUACAUGUUUGGGACUCGUUUCAUGGGCACAGGUCUGGUGUCGGAAAUUAACCACGAGAAAUGGUUUCAUAAGCGUGCCAUUAUUAAUCCUGCAUUCAGGCGAAAAUAUUUAAUUGGUAUGAUGGAGAAAUUCAACUCUGAGUCUGAGAACCUUUGUGAGCAUCUCGUUAGUAAAGCUGACGGACAGACAGAAGUAGAAAUGCUUGACGAAUUCAACAAUGUCACUCUUGACGUCAUCGCAAACGUAGCAUUCAGUAUGCCAACAGGGGCAAUAGGAGACCCAAGUUGCCCCUUUCCAGCUGCUUUCAAUGCGUGUUUGAGAGGAAUGCAAACUAUGAUAGAACAACCAUUUCAUAUGUAUGACCCACGAAGCAAGACCAGGAAAGUACGGAACGAAUCGCGAGAGGCAGUGAAUUUCGUUCGAGAGACUGGUCGACAGCAUAUCAAAGAACGAAUUGAAGCUCGUCAAAGAGGUGAUCAUGUACCUCAUGAUAUACUCAAUGUGAUACUCGAUUGCGCCAACGAUCUAGUGGAUGACAAAGACUUUACGAUGGAGAAUAUGGUUGAUGAAUUUACUACAAUCUUCGCAGCAGGUCAAGAAACGACGAGCGACUUGCUUUCAUUUACCAUCCAACAGCUUGGUAGAAAUCCAGAAGUAGCUAAGAAACUUCAGGCAGAAGUCGACGAAGUUUUAGGUCAGAAAUCUUACAUCGAGUACGAAGAUUUGGCUAAACUCGAAUACAUGAUGAUGGUUUUCAAGGAGACGCUGAGACUCUAUCCCCCUGUUAUAGGGACUACUCGUGUCACUGCGCAUCCGAUCAAGUAUAAAGAUCUCACUAUUCCUGCUGGCGUUGAGGUGUCCGUUCUCCAUUCAGUUAUGGCGAGGAUGGAAGAAUAUUUCGAUGAUCCACUCCUGUUUAAUCCUGAUCGCUUCAAACCAAGAGAAGAUGAUAAACUACCAAGGCACAUCUAUGCAUUCUUUCCUUUUUCAAUUGGACAACGAUCUUGCAUCGGUCAGCAAUUUGCCCUGAUUGAAGCAAGGGUAAUCCUGGGUAAACUGCUUCAGCGGUUUGAAUUUCAUUUUAACCAGUCUCAGCGCACUGUCAUACUUGAUGAACUCACCCUGAAACCGUUGGAUAAAUGCAAGAAUUACUUGACUCUCAGGGUUUGAAUGUCACUCUGCACCAACUGAAGAGUUGAAAUCACGUGAUGAUGUUUCACUCUCUAGUUUCAGAGGCAUAAUUGACACAAUGCUGUUGGACUGACUGAAUUCGGACACCAAACUUUAAACUCAGCCCUGAUGAUGAUGAGGAGGAGGAUAACAAUGAUGGUGGUGGUAGUGGUCCACAACAUUUAUAUUGCGCCUAUUUGGAGCCUGACUGGUACAACAAAAGUAGAGCUUCAACCCUUAAUAAUUACCUUAUACUUUAGCAUGAGUAAUGAUACUCAUCAUCAGCAUAAUUAAGCCUAUAUUUUGCUAGGUGAAUACCUGAAGGGUCCUACACUUGGAUCUUGAAUGAUAACCAACAUACUAUUCAUCUGGACAAAGUUAAGAAUCUUUUAAUUGUGAUGGCUUGACUCGAAGUAUCCAUGUUUCACGGUAGAAGUUUUUCGGACAAAAUUUAGUUGAUAAUCAUCAGACAGUGAAUCAUGCCAUAAAGCUUUAGGAAUCCCCCACCCCCAUACCCACCCCACCGAAAAAUAAGACUUUGAAUCAAGUAAAACGAAUGACGAUUAUGAAAGUACUGUUUCAUUGAAGUAUAAAGAUACGAUCGACAAGGUAUUUUUUUUUGCACUUCCGUGUUAUCCUCUGCAUAAUAUUUGUUCGUUUUACUUGGGAAUUAUGGAUCAUAGCAGACCGAAACGAAUCACUUUAUGAUAGGAAAUUGAAAGGAGAUGUUUUGCGAUGGAGUAAACAUCUGUAUUACAAAGAAAUAUAGCCUUGUUUAAAUAGAAUACACGACUAACGGGUAAAAUGAAUAGUAUACUAUGUGAACUAUUUUGGUAUGAUUUUGUUCGCAAUAGACAUUUGUUUAAUAGGAUUCUUAGCAUUUGCCAUUUUGCCUACUAUAUUCUACAACCGUGGUUCUCUAAAAUAUUUUGUUCUGUAUGUUAGUAUCGUAUUUGUCAUUUGUUUUUUUUUCCAACGUAACAUUUAAUGUUUUAGUUGUUGAAUGAAAUGAUGAGAACAUGACAUGAAUUUUCAUGUUUUUUUUUUCAUUUCCAUAUAUGACCUUCUGGUAACUUUAUUCUAACAAAUUAUAUCGAAGAAACCUCCACAAACAAUAGUAAAGAAUUAUUGCAAAAAUAUAUGUAAUGAAAAUUAAUGAACAAUCAUAAAAUAUUCAUCUUUACCCAAUUAUUGCAUAUUAAUCCAAUGGCGUCUUUUUACAAGGUAUACAAAUAUUGUCAUAAUUGUAAUAACAAUCAGUAUACUUACUAUAAAUAAAAUACAUGUAUAUCUGUGAUAAAGUUUGUUUUGAGUUAGUACAUUAAUAAUCUUGCCAGUGACAAGCCUUCGUCAACGGGUAAUCAUGGAAAUAAAGUUUUCAUUUACAGACGAAGUAGUAGCAAAUUGAAUAAAUUGUAUUUUCAUUAAAAAGUAGCGAUUCCUUAGUUUUCUGGCAGAGAGUGAGGUUUUAGAACGCAAUUUUGCAACGUGAAUGUUUCUGUACAAUGUGUAAGCAAUUAAACAUGUUAAUAAUCUACUA